AUGGAAGAUGGUCCUGUUUUCUAUGGCUUUAAAAACAUUUUUAUUACAAUGUUUGCUACCUUUUUUUUCUUUAAGCUUUUAAUUAAAGUUUUUUUGGCUCUUCUAACCCAUUUCUAUAUCGUCAAAGGAAAUAGAAAAGAAGCGGCUAGGAUAGCAGAAGAGAUCUAUGGUGGAAUUUCAGAUUGCUGGGCUGAUCGAUCCCCACUUCAUGAAGCUGCAGCUCAGGGGCGCUUACUGGCCCUUAAAACUUUAAUUGCACAAGGUGUCAAUGUGAACCUCGUGACAAUUAACCGGGUGUCUUCUCUCCACGAGGCAUGCCUUGGAGGUCACGUGGCCUGUGCCAAAGCCUUAUUGGAAAAUGGUGCACACGUCAAUGGAGUGACAGUUCACGGAGCCACGCCCCUCUUCAAUGCUUGCUGCAGUGGCAGUGCUGCAUGUGUCAAUGUGCUGCUGGAGUUCGGAGCCAAGGCCCAGUUUGAGGUGCACCUGGCCUCGCCUAUCCAUGAGGCAGUGAAGAGAGGUCACAGAGAGUGCAUGGAGAUCCUGCUGGCAAAUAAUGUUAACAUUGACCAUGAGGUACCUCAGCUCGGAACUCCCCUAUAUGUGGCCUGCACCUACCAGAGGGUAGACUGUGUGAAGAAACUUCUAGAAUUAGGAGCCAGUGUUGACCAUGGCCAGUGGCUGGACACCCCACUCCAUGCUGCAGCGAGGCAGUCCAAUGUGGAGGUCAUCCACCUACUAACCGACUAUGGAGCUAACCUGAAGCGUAGAAAUGCUCAGGGCAAAAGUGCGCUUGAUCUGGCGGCUCCAAAAAGCAGCGUGGAGCAGGCGCUUUUGCUCCGUGAAGGCCCACCUGCUCUUUCCCAGCUCUGCCGCUUGUGUGUCCGGAAGUGUCUCGGUCGAGCAUGUCAUCAAGCCAUCCACAAGCUACGUCUGCCGGAGCCACUCGAACGAUUCCUCCUAUACCAAUAG